AUGCAACGAGUAAGAUUAUUAUGUCAAAUAAUUCUUAGUUUCACGUUAAUUACACUAAUCGAUGCCCAAGUCGAUCCACAAUUAUGUCCUAAUGGACCAUCUGCUCCUAUUCCCGACCCAAAAUGGCGACCAAUUCCAUCACGAUUUGAGAUUGUUACAGAACUGGUUUCGGACACUGAGGUCAUGGAACUUUCACAAGCUUUUUCAACACAACGAGAUGCUAUUGCAACAAAUUCGAGAUACGGACCCGUUCAAUUCUAUUGGAAUUUCAUUACUAAUGAACAGUUUGAAGUGCUAACUGAAAUUGUUAAUCAAAUACCUGUUCCACAAUGUCUACGACAAGUUAUUGGUACGACCUCUGAAACGAGCGUUAUUCAGCCAAACACACUGAUACUUAAACCAUCAGCUUUGCUUGGUUUUGAUGCUCGAAAUCAAGCCAAUGCGUACUGGGGUGUUCGAUACGAUGGUGACGAAGAUCUACGCGGUAUACCAACCAAUCGAUUCAAAUCGUGUUUCUACAUGAAUGACAUCAAAGCUACCGUCGCAGUCACAUACCAUGUAUCUGAUCCUGAUAAAUUUCAAGGUUAUUUAGCACGCAAUCAAAGUACUAUUCUCCAGAUUGAUGUUCGAGUGAAGAAUCAAAUGAAUCGAAUGGAUGCAUAUACAUAUAAUGUUUUUCGUUACAUACCCAAUCCAAGCCGUCGCGAAGAACGACAAGCAUUAGAAACGGCAGCCGGUGUCUUCUGUCUAAAUCGAACGUCAACCAUGCCAAUGCCAACUGACUUCCCAGAACGAAUUAGUUCCAACUCAGAAGCCUUUAUACCAGAAGCAAAUAGUUCCAUUUACAGUACCCAUGGCCUUUACGAUUCCGAAUUUCAAUUCACUCGCUUUGACGUCUGGUUUCCUGAUCCAUUCGGUGGACCCACUUGGGCACAUUUCACUGAAAUACAUGACUUUGCUACUGGCCUUAGUUACCAGUACAACCACACGACUCGGCAAUGUAAAGUUAGCGACAUAAAUACAUUUUUUGGUGAUGCAGAAACAGUCAGCGAUCAACCGAAUCUUGUUCAGAUGGGCUCGCCGCAACAUUUACUUGUCACGGAUGGCAUGUCGUAUCAUUAUACAGGCGAGAAACGGUGUCGCGAUCGACUUUGGUGUCAUGUGUGGAUUGGUGAAAAGUAUUUGUCAAAUGAAACAGUUCAACAUCAGGAAUGGUACUGGUCAUCGAGUAUGAAUGGUGAACCAUUACAGCAUUCAUUUCCGGUGAAAAUGGUUUGGAGAACAUAUGUCAAAGGUGCAUUGACAAAUUCUUUUGAAACUACAAUUUUCAAUUACCGUCGCAACCCGAUGACCAUCUUCGAAAUCGAUUUCGCUCUCGCUGACUGUUACAGAUCAUUGGGACCAUCAGAAAAUUUCAAUCUUGCGGUAUUAUCAUUUACAGUCGCAAAUGACAAGAAAUAUCCUGUAUUCGAAAAUCUAAAUUAUCUUCGCCUUCAUAUUUUCGAAACUCUUAUAUUCGCAUUAUUCAUUCGUCCCAUUCGUAUAUCGAAUCUAAUCGUCGAUCAGAAUGAAAGCAAUGACAUUUUAGUCACAUUCACAUUACUUGAUGCUGCACCACGGACAGGACCUGUUGAAGUUCCCAUCAAGGAAUCAUCCUUGGACACAUUGAUCGAACGGCUCAAUGCAGUGAUCGACUCUAAUGCCCUUACUUUCCGCGCUAGAGUAAAUGCGAAACAAAUCAUCUUACGCGCCCGUCCCGACUCCUUGAACAUUCGACAUCAAUCCAGUCAAAAGAAAGUGAGAAGCACCGGACCAAGGAUCACUGGCCUUUGGAUCGGUUUUAUCACUGCAGGAGUCAUCAUUGGUGCCGUGACUGGAUUUUUGGUUUUCAAAAAACUGGCCACAGCAUAG